GAGAGAGAGAAAGAGAGAGGAGAGAGAGACUAUAGGAACGCAGCUGCUUGUGUGCGUGUGUGUGUGUGUGUGUGAAUGCGUGCGUGCGUGUGUGUGUGUAGGUACAUAUGUGUUCGGUGGUCGGAUCGACUGGCGGGGUGGAUAUGGAGGGGAUCGGGAAAAACGUUGGGAACUGACCGAGUCCUGAGACUAAGAGAAGGAGAGAGAAGAAGGAAGGAGAGAAGUCUGACACAGGAGAGGAAGAGUGUGAAGAAGGGGCUCGUCUGGAACGCAGAAGGAUCCUAAGGUGACUUUCUGCUCUUUCAUGUCUGUAUGCGGGUGUGCGUGUGCGUGUUGACAUGUGCUGCGUGCUCGUGCACUUCGGGGAAGAGUGACGGCGGGUGUUGGAAGUGUUUGUGUCCACUGCCGACGCUGGCGUCUCAGGAUUGUUGUUCCUGCGAGCUAAAAAAUGGGGCUGAAGUGAGUAAGCAUGUUGACCGCCUGUAAACUGGAGUGAAGGGAUCAGAAGGAGUGGAUACUUUUUCGGGAACAGACGGAUCCUGUUCCGCUCUCAGCUGCUCAAGUGGACACGGGAGGAAGAAUCCUUCCUUGACAAAGGAGUGAGCCCUGGGCUGGAUGGGACCCACCAUGCCCCCCAGUAAGAAGGCACAGAGCCCUAGCAGCGGAGCCAGUGCCUCACAGGGCAUGAGCCCGUCAUACCGGCAGGGGGACACCGCCACAGCAGCGUCCGAGGCCGAGGCGGGUGACCUGUCCCUGUCCCUGUCUGCUUCCUUCUCCAAGGCUGAGGAUGAGGAGCUCACUAGCCUCUCCUGGCUCCACGAGAGCACUGACCUCCUCAACAGUUUCAGUCACUCUGGGCUGCGUAGUGUCUCCCCUUUGCAGGACCCUGACAGCCAGCACACCCGCUCACCCUCUUCCUCAUCUCCGUCCCCUGACGACCCCUUACUGGGCGAUGCUCAUUCAGCAUAUGAUUUGGCUGCGGGAGCAAACCGAAAACCACCGUACUCCUUCAGCUGCCUGAUCUUCAUGGCUAUCGAGGAUGCACCAAACAAGCGGCUGCCAGUGAAGGAUAUCUACGGAUGGAUCCUGGAGCACUUCCCCUACUUUGCAAAUGCACCCACUGGCUGGAAGAACUCAGUGCGCCACAAUCUGUCACUCAACAAGUGCUUCAAGAAAGUCGAUAAAGACCGGAGCCAGAGCAUAGGUAAAGGCUCUCUGUGGUCCAUAGACCCGGAGUACAGACACAACCUGAUCCAGGCGCUAAAGAAGACGCCUUAUCAUCCUUACUCAGCUGGCCUGGCCACGCCCUCCACCUCCCCACCCAACCUGCCUCCAACGUUUCACCACAGUCCACCGCUGUGGUCGGGGAGUCCCCUCUUCAGAAAGAACGGAGGAGUUCUCCUACAAGUUCCUCGUGGCGUGAUCCAAAAUGGAGCCCGUGUCAGGAGCCAGGCACUGUUUCCAGUGAUCAGACCCGUACCUGUAAGCCCUGUGGGCACCAGAACCUCGGCUGUAAGGUCAUCCCUGGGAGAUUAUCUGAGCCGAGGACAGGACAGCCCAUUGCGCUGCUCUCCUUCGCCGUGCGGUGAGGACCUCCAAGACGACCACACUUACAGCACCGCCAAAUCCCCCAGCAGGCUGUGCUCUUCCCAAGUCCCGUCCUCCUCCUCUCCCCUGGAUGACGACGACAUCAUCGCUGUAGAGAUCCAGUCAGACGUCAAACCGGAGCCACGGGAGAUCCCGCUGGAUUCUCACGUCAGCGCUGCUGCUGCUGCUGCUACCUACAUUUCCCAGCAGCCCCCGCGCGGACAAAGACGCACUUCUGUGGCAGGAGGCGGGACAUUGGCAGGAAGCAGUCUCCCGUGGACUAAAAACCGAGCGAGGGGAAUUAGCGACACACUUCCGUUGAAGAAGCGGCGCGCGGCGGCAGUGGAGAAGCCGCCAGAGAGCGACGACGAGGAGAUGAAAGAGGCGGCGGGUUCACUGCUCCACCUGGCGGGGGUCAGAGCCUGCCUGAACAACAUCACAAACCGCACGGCCAAGGGCCAGAAGGAGCAGAAAGAGCCCCUGAGAAACUAAGACACACGUAUGCAUAGACAUAUAUAACGUACAUCGUCAUGCACGCGCACACACACACACAAAUAGCUCAACAGGUAAAGUUCCUACAGCAUUAGUCUCAACGGACACAGCUCCCUCUGCAGGGCAUUAGGUGAAUCCUACUUAUUUGUGGCAAUAUCAAAAAUCUAUGUUUUCCUACAUGUUCAGCGACACUAACAUCAGUGGGUAUUUCUCAUGUGUCUUUGUUGUUUUUGUUGUUUAAAAGGGGAUGAAAGCCAUAAGAAGCACGUUUUGUCACUAAUUUGGACAUGACAAAAACAAACAAAAAAACGGCGAACCACACGGAGGGAACGUACGGUGUAUGAACACAAGACGGCUGUUUGUCUUACCUGUUUUGUUUCUGUGUGAAUCUGUAGCAAUCUUGUUGUGAUGCCAGCAGGAUGGCAGAGCCAGCGAGACCAACUAACGCGUCUCGGCAUCCUCUCGGCUGCCCACUGGCGUCACACUCAAUAUUCACGAGCACAAAUGUGAGACUGUGCCAAAGAUAUGCGACCAGGUUGCUUCAUGUAGCCGAUAACGAUAGCUGACGAUUUCAAAAAAGAAGAAGAAAGAAAGAAAGAAAAAAAGAUGUAGAAGAGCAAAGCGAGAACGACCUUAAGUGUCAAAAUAAUUGUAAAACCCAAUGUGAUAUAUUCUCAUGCACUUAAGAUUAUUUUACGCCACAUAUAAUACAAGCAUCAUGGGUAACGGCGUGGUUUAUUCCAAGAGCACUUGUAGUAUUUAAGAAUAGAUAUAUUAAAAAUUUUAAAAAGUGGUCAUGUUUAUCACCAUAGAGACGGAUAGUGUGCCGGGUAUGAGGCAAUAUCUCCUUAAUUUUGUUGUUAUUGUUGUUGCAAAAAUGUAAGCAACCCUAAACACCCCCCGUACUACUUCUGUCCAUAGACGUAGACACCUGGUGUAGAUAUCGUAGCUGCCAGUAGCUACCACGCCUAACUGUUCAUUUUACGACGUCAGAGAACUAUAUACACAAAAGCUGGGUUUAGAUUUGCGUUGGUGUCUGUUUACCCUCACUCUACCCUCAAAGAUAUAAGCAAUUUGUCCCGCGUGGGCAACUCUGUAAAAAGGUUAGAAAAUAUUUUUAUUUUUUUCCUUUCUUAAUUGAAGCAAUUUGACCUGCAGGACUUUCUCAGUUAUAUUGCAUGGGUGCUUGUAAAUAAGAUAAAAAGCAAAUCUUUUUUAUUCAAAGAUCAUGUAAGAUAAACAAUGUAUUUAGCAUGAAGCAUGACUUAUUUUCAUAUAAACCUUGAUCAUAGAGGAAAGAAAAGUCCCCCCUCCCAUCCCCGCCAGUUCUUAUGUGGUUAUAUUUGAUUUUUUUUUUUCUUUUUUCCUCCCCUGAGCGGGCUUUUAACGACACAUCUUCAGGGAAGAACGAGGGAGAUCAAUCUGCAGUUAAGAGGUCCAAACAUGGUGCCUCUGGGUUUGGGUUCGAGCUACUUGGGCCAGCUGGAUCACCUUUAUUCGGGUGGGCUUCUGUCUUCUUCUGCCUGUACAGUGAUUUAGUUACUCAGUGUUAACCCCAGUGUUAUUUCGGAACACGUCUGUAUGUGCAUUUGUGUGCCCAGGAACACGCGCCCUUUAACAUUGUGCUGGCCUGCCUGCCCGCAGUACCUCUGUUGUCGUGUCUCUGACAUGUUUGGACAGAACGUUAUCUAUCUUUAUUUAUAACAGUAUUGUUUUUGUUUCCUCCAGUGUGUAAAUGUACAUGUCCUUAUUUUUUUUUCCCAUUAACAUUGUUCAGUGUAAAUGUUUGAAAAAGGUGGAUGUGGGAAACU